AUGGCGAUUCAGCCAUACCAGGAAGAUAGUAAUGUCUCUAAUCCUAUCAAGCGAAUUCGAUGGGCGACACAGCGUAUCACCGGUGCUAAUGAGCAGAAAAAAAGACAUAGCAUAAUAAACAGGCUACAUCACAGAAAGACGGGUUCCAGCGAGAAGAAAGGGGAGUCUGCGGAAGGUUCGCACUUAGAUGGCAUACAAGAGGAGACUGAUACUUCAACGGAGAAUGGCGACCAAGAAGACUCCAGGCGGAGAAUCUUCUUCAACAUUCCCUUGCCGGACGACGCAAAGGAUGAGGAUGGGCGCCCUCUGGCAAAGUACGCCAGAAACAAGAUUCGUACAGCGAAGUACACCCCUUUAAGCUUCAUCCCAAAGAACUUGUGGUUCCAAUUCCACAACAUCGCCAAUAUAUACUUCCUGUUCGUCAUCGUUCUUGCGUUCUUCAGCAUAUUUGGUGCUUCCAACCCUGGUUUAGGCUCCGUGCCUUUGAUAGUCAUUUUAUUUGUCACUGCUGUCAAAGACGCUAUAGAGGAUUGGCGCAGAACCGUACUCGACAACGAGCUCAACAACUCCCCAGUUCAUCGUCUGGUUGAAUGGAACAACGUCAACAGCUCCGCUGACAACGUCUCAUUAUGGCGUAAAAUCAAGAAAGCCACGACUCGCGGGAUCGUGCAAAUCUUCAGGUUCUUCAAGGGUAAAAGCCGAAGAAAGUCUCGCGACGAGAAAACAAACGCCGAAAGAGCCUUGAAUGAAGCACGACCUUCCGGCGAAUCGACGCGGACUCGAAAUUCAAUGAUGUCUUCUCGGACGUCAUUCCACUCCAUGCAAAGCCGAGGGGAUGUAGACGAGAUCCAGAUGACACCAGUACCAUCCCCGCAGCCGGGACAGCGAGGUGUGACAGAGAGUAGUAGAUUGUCUCCGGGAGAGCGUCCCGGUACAUCUUUUUCAUACGAAGACGAUAAUCUCGUGCUUGAAACGGCUGAGGGCAAGCUGGCUGCUCCGAAUGGAGCCAAACGCGAGAGUGGUCCUGCUCCAGCAAAGUUUUAUGGUAACCUUAUAGACCCGCUGAAAAGUGUCCCGGGGAAGGCCAAAUUCAAGAAGGAUCAUUGGAAAAAUGUCCAAGUGGGAGAUUUUCUGCGCAUAUACAACGACGACCAGAUACCGGCAGACCUGGUCGUCUUGUCUACCUCUGAUCCUGACGGUGCUUGCUACGUGGAGACCAAAGGUCUAGAUGGGGAAACCAACCUGAAGGUGCGACAAGCUUUGCAUAGUGGGCGCAAGAUCAAGCAUGCAAAGGACUGCGAGCAAACGGAAUUCGUGAUAGAAAGCGACGCGCCUCAAGCCAAUCUAUAUCAAUAUAGUGGGGCGGCAAGAUGGGUACAAAGGGAUACCAGAAGUCCUGCGGCGCCCGGGACCCAAAUGGCGGAACCGAUUUCUAUCAACAAUCUUCUCCUCCGUGGAUGCACCCUCCGCAAUACCGAGUGGGUUCUUGGGGUGGUCGUUUUCACCGGACGGGAAACAAAGAUCAUGCUCAAUUCUGGCAUGACUCCUAGUAAACGGUCCCGCAUUGCAAGGGAACUCAAUUGGGACGUCAUCUACAACUUUGUCAUCCUCUUUUUCAUGUGCCUUCUCUCGGGUAUUAUCAACGGAGUGAUAUGGUCGCAGGGCAACAAUUCCUUGGACUACUUCGAAUUCGGUUCCAUUGGGGGCAAACCUUCGCUGGACGGAUUCAUCACCUUCUGGGCGUCUGUGAUUCUCUUUCAGAACUUGGUCCCCAUAUCGCUAUACAUUUCCCUGGAAAUCAUCAGGACUGCUCAAGCCUUCUUCAUCUAUAGUGAUACGUUUAUGUAUUACGAGAAGCUCGAUUAUCCCUGUACGCCCAAGUCAUGGAACAUUUCGGACGAUGUUGGACAAAUCGAAUACAUAUUUUCGGACAAAACGGGAACAUUGACUCAGAAUGUUAUGGAAUUCAAAAAGUGCUCUAUCAACGGGCUUCCUUAUGGAGAGGCCUAUACCGAGGCUCAGGCUGGCAUGCAGAGGCGCCAAGGUGUAGACACCGAGGCAGAGGGGGCGAAAGCGCAUAAACAGAUUGCUCAGGAUCGUAUCAAGAUGCUGAAGGACCUUCGGAAGAUGCAUAACAAUCCCUAUCUUCACGAUGAUGAGCUAACAUUCGUUGCCCCUGAUUUCGUCACUGACCUGGAAGGCCAGUCCGGGCAGGAACAGAAAGUGGCGACCGAGAAAUUUAUGCUUGCGCUGGCCCUUUGCCAUACCGUAAUUACCGAAAGAACACCGGGGGAUCCGCCAAGGAUCGAGUACAAAGCCCAGUCGCCUGAUGAAGCGGCUUUGGUGGCCACAGCCCGGGACUGUGGUUUCACGGUGAUCGGCAGGUCCACCGACGGUAUCAUUCUGAACAUCCUGGGCGAGGAAAGAGAGUACACGGUGCUUAACACUCUCGAGUUCAAUUCGUCUCGAAAACGUAUGAGCGCCAUCAUACGUAUGCCCGACGGCAGGAUUGUGCUAUUCUGCAAAGGCGCCGACAGCGUCAUCUAUUCACGACUGAAGCGAGGAGAGCAACAGCAACUGAGGAAAGUCACCGCUGAACAUCUCGAGAUGUUUGCUCGUGAGGGUCUACGAACGCUAUGCGUUGCACAAAAGGAAAUAGGUGAGAAAGAAUAUCAAGUCUGGAACAAGGAGCACGACCUUGCCGCAGCGGCCAUCAUCGACAGAGAGGACAAACUUGAGAUUGUUUCCGACGCCAUUGAAAGGGACCUCGACCUCAUUGGAGGAACGGCAAUUGAGGAUCGAUUGCAAGAUGGUGUCCCGGACACCAUCGCUCUGCUCGCGGAUGCCGGUAUCAAACUUUGGGUGCUCACGGGUGACAAAGUAGAGACGGCCAUCAACAUUGGUUUCUCCUGCAAUCUUCUCAGCAACGAGAUGGACCUGAUCGUGUUCAAGGUGCAGGAGGACUCACCUGGAGCCGCCGAGGCGGAGCUGGACAAGCAUCUGUCCUCGUUCAACAUCACCGGCUCGGACGAAGAACUGAAGGCCGCUCGCAAAAAUCACGAGCCGCCCGGACCUACACACGCUAUUGUCAUCGACGGCGAUGCCUUGAAAUUGGUCCUCGGGGAGGGGCUGCGCCAGAAGUUCCUGCUGCUUUGCAAGAUGUGCAAAUCUGUUCUGUGCUGCCGAGUGAGCCCUGCCCAGAAAGCGGCGGUUGUUCAGAUGGUCAAAAAUGGAUUGGACGUGAUGACUUUGUCCAUUGGCGAUGGUGCGAAUGAUGUGGCAAUGAUACAAGAAGCCGAUGUAGGCGUUGGGAUCGCCGGUGAGGAGGGUAGACAGGCAGUCAUGUCCUCCGACUAUGCCAUCGGUCAGUUCCGCUUCUUACAGCGACUGAUUCUCGUGCACGGCCGUUGGUCCUACCGACGUCUGGCAGAGACCAUUGCCAACUUCUUCUACAAGAACAUUGUCUGGACGUUUGCCCUUUUCUGGUAUCAGAUAUACAACAAUUUCGACUGCUCUUACCUUUUCGACUACACCUACAUCCUGCUCGUCAAUUUAGCGUUUACAUCUCUUGCGGUGAUCUUCAUGGGUAUACUCGAUCAGGACGUAAACGACAAGGUUUCGUUAGCUGUUCCGCAACUCUACCGGAGAGGCAUUGAGCGGAAAGAAUGGUCCCAAAAGAAAUUCUGGCUUUACAUGUUCGAUGGAAUUUACCAAUCACUGGUUUGCUUCUUCAUGCCAUACCUGCUGUUUAGGCCCGCCACCUUCACUACCAGCAAUGGUCUAGAUCUCAACGACAACAAGAGGAUAGGCGUGUACACCGCCACGGCGACCAUCGUAGUCGUCAACCUUUACAUCUUGUUGAACACCUACCGGUGGGAUUGGCUGAUGUUGUUGCUCGUUUCCUUCAGUAUCCUCCUGAUCUGGUUCUGGACUGGGGUGUACACUGCAUUUUCUUCCUCUGAUCAAUUUUACAAGGCGGCGCCCGAAGUCUAUGGCGAGCUUUCAUUCUGGGUGCUUACGCUACUCACGGUCAGCAUAUGUCUGAUGCCCCGAUUCACGAUCAAGUCCUUCCAGAAGAUAUAUUUCCCCAUGGACGUCGAUAUCAUCCGAGAACAGAUUCGGCAAGGGAGGUUUAAGUACCUGGACAAGUAUGAGGCGUACGUGCCGCCGGGAAAAGUGCCAUCAGCAGCUUCGUCCGAUGUUUCUCAGCCUGCGAAAGCGGCCCCAGCUGCGACAGGCACCACACACAACCCCCACAGCCAAACCGGCAGUGAUGGGACCGAAUACACUGGGCACAAGUCGUCUUUGGAGCAACCUCGCGUGUCCUUCGAACGACCGAGGCCAUCAUUCGACAGAAUGCGGAGUUCGAUGGACCAGAUACGACCAAGCUACGAAGCAAGUAACGACUUUACCUCGGCAGCUCUUCUCACGAGGGUGGAGUCGAGCCAUUCGGAUGUGCACACCUCGAAAGCACGACAUGGGCAGUCCUCUUUGCGAUAG